AUGCACUGGAAACCCACCGACGGGCUGGCCGGCCGGCCUGUCGCCCUGGGCACCUCCACGGGGCCCUGGGCCUUCGGCGGGCGGGGCCCAUCGGGCGGGGCCAGGGACGUCUGGGCUCGAGCCCCGGGGGCGUCUUGCCCGAGCCUGCGUGCGGCGCCUGCAGAGCGGGGGGCCGCGGGGCUGUGCAGUGCCAUGGCGCAGGCGCGGCCGGCGCCGGAGCGCUGCGCGCUGGCUCCGGGCGAGGCGCGGCCUGGUCCAUCGGCGACGCCGUCGGCGGCGGCGGGCGGCCUGGGCGAGGACAGCGCGGCGCCGAUGCUGUACCGCGCCAGCAUGCCCCCGAACUCGAAGGACUGCCUGACGAAGUGCUACUCGGUCAGGACGUUCCUGGAGGCCUACACGGCCGCCUCCGAGCUGCAGGGUGGCCCGAGCGGCCUCGGCCUCGUCUCGGACGCGGCGGCUCCCGGCGACGACCGGCAGUGGCUCGCGGCCGCGUGCCUCGUCGCCUGCCUGUGCAUGUUCGGCGUGGGCACGGCGCUGGGCCGCUCGGGAUGGUAG